AUGACCAAGGAUGACGUGCCAUGGCGAACCCAGAAGAAGUCCUGGGAUUGCCGUGGAUGCGGUUUCCUCAACUACCACUUCAGGUCGCAGUGCCGCGAAUGUGGUGUCCGCGCACCUGCAGCCUUCCUCCACGCCCAAAAGAAGCAGGUGCAGCAGUCGCAGAGCGGCGGCAGUGGGCCCAAGCCAGGCCCCAACCGCUGGUUCCAGGGACCGCCGAAGCUCGGAGGCAAGGGCGGGGCGCCCCCCACCGUGCCCAGCGGGCUCACAGUCUCCCAGCUCGUGGAGUUGCUGCAGGCAAAGGGCGUGGCCAAGGGCAGCCAGCUUUCGGCAGAGCUGGAGUCGGUGCUCAAGAAGUCUGAGGAGGUGCAGCCUGUGGACUUGGGGUCGAAGAGCCUUCAGGACCUGCUGCAGCGUAAGCAACGGAAGAUCAAGCAGAUCGAGGGCUCUCAGGCCCGAGUGGAGGCAGCCAGACAGGACCAGCUGGCCAAGCAUCGCGGGAGCCUGGCGGAGCUGGAGUCUCACAUCAAGCAGGCCCAGGCACAGUGUGUAUUGCCUGAGGCCCCUGCGGAGGGCGCCGCCGCGGACCCUGCUCACGAGCUGGCCAUGCUGGACAUCAUGGAACUGCCUUCGCAAGUACGGGGGCAGGCCGCCGCCAAGCGGGAGGAGCUCGCGUCCAAGAUCCCCAAGGCCAUGGACGAGGAACCCCCUGCAGCGGGGGGUCCUACUGGGCCUGAUGGGGCUUCUGCUGGCGCUGGCGGCGCUGCAGCUGCUACCUCGCAGGCCCCUGGGACGCCGCAGUUUGAUCCAGGAGAUGAAGCGCUGCGCGAGGCUUUCGUCGCAGCGGGGUUCGAGGUCGGAUCGGAUGACGAUGGCAAGUUCAAGCGCCUGCUGGAGAGCACCAGGCCGCGGAGCUCGUGCUCCCUCGGCGCCGCGCUGCACCAGCGGAGUCUCGCCCGCUGUCGAGCGGAGGUCGAUUGCCGCGCCUGGAUCGGCAGGGCCCUCCUCGCCUACGAGGCCCAGCUCGAGGAGUUCGGCCAGGGGCCCCUCUUCGUCUGGCUUGCCGAGUUCGAUGUCCACCUGCGCUGGGACUUCGAGGCACCCACAGGCGAGCUGGCCACCGAGGGCUCGGGCGGGGUUCUGACAGCCGUUGCGUCGCACAUGGCUUUCGCAGGGCUAGGGUCGCGCCACACAGGGAUGAGAGACUAUGCCAGGGUCAAGGUCAUCAGAGGCAACAUGGCUUUCCCACGUGGGCUGCUAUUGGCCUCGGUCUACGGUUUUGCGGGCGCCAGGGACAAGUGCUUCACUGGGGAGAUGCUGGAGCAGCUUGGGGUCUUCCUGCGUCGCUCGCGGCCUCCGUGGGUGUUGGCGGGGGAUUUCAACCUGGCGACCGAUGACGUGAAGCUGCGCAAGUUGGUGGAGCUGCUGAAGGGGACGAUUGUGGCCCCGUCGGGGCCGACAUGCUUCUCGUCCAAAGAAGGGUCCACCAUUGACUACUUCGUGGUGAGUCAGGGCUUGGCCAACUUUGUCAGCGAUGUCAGGGCGAUCUACGGCGCGCCCUCGCCGUUCCCCACUGGCUUGCGGAUGGGGCCGCAUCGGGAGCCCGCGGAGCAUGUCUGGGCUUGGCCUGUCGGGGACCCAGAGGGCGCGCUGCUGGAGGAGGCUUGGUGCCAGUGGCUUGCCAACACGGAGCAGGAGCUCUGCAACCAGUUCGACCUAGCGGGAGCUGGGCAGAGAGGCCACGUAGGCAGGGCGGAAGGCUUUGGGCAGAAGCAGGUGCCGUUGUCCACGGCCAUGGAGAAGGCUGACAUGUCGGGGAACGGAGCACAGAUGAGAGCCUGGAGAGCACUCGACGCCUUCUUGUCCAGGUUCCGAGGCCUGCAGGCCCUGUUGGAUGAGCUGGACCACCUUGACCUCACGGAGCUCGCAGGGUCCGAGUCGGUCGGCGAGGCCCUCCACGAGCUACGUGCCACGGCGGAGGCGGGGGGUCAAGAACUGGAGAAGCUCGCGACCAAUGUACGCGCUGCAGCGCUAGAGGCGUCUAAGGGGGCGGCCAAGCAGCAGCUCCAGGAGUGGCGCGAGCGGGCGCAGGCCCUGCUGGCGCUGGCGCCGGAGAAGAAAGGGGUCUCGGUGGGUUUAAGGCUGCGCGCUUUCAGGCGAGCGGGGUGGGCGGUGAUCUCGGUCGACGAUGCCGGGGAGUUGUUGGCUGGAGCUUUCGGCCCUGUCCCCUGGGAGGUGGCCCCUCUCCAGCUCGCCAAAGACGGCGAUGACGAUGCGUUCCUCAUGUUCGGCCAGAUCGCUUUUGCCCCUGAGUGUGUUUGGACGGACUGCGCGGCGACCAUUCGGGCCUCGCAGUCAAGAGUUCGCUCCACGAGUGCCAGGUGCGCCCAGGCCCACAUGUGGUCUUCGGUGCACGCGGCCUUCGAGGGGGGCCUGCAGGUGCACAAAACUAAGGCCCAUUGCUCGGAGGCCGACGUCACCAGGGGACGCACCACAGCUUGGGAGCGCAAGGCUAACGCCAUUGCCGACGCACUGGCAAAAAGAGGAGCGGGCUUGCACCCGUCUGUUGAGCAGGCUGCCCGUGAGAUGGCUGGUCUUAAGCUUCUGGGGUGGGAGGUGGGCCAGUGGGCGGGGCGGCAGGGCGUUCUGAUGAAGGAGAGAGGUUGGGUUGACUCCGAGGGCCUGCCUGACAAGGGCCUCGUGGCUCGGUCCAGGCGUGAGGGCCCUCGUGAGCGCCCCAUGCCUCCCGUAAGUGUGCGGUUUGGUGCGGUGCUCUCUGCGGUGGCGGACGCUGGGCCCUGUGGCCCCGAGCUAGCCAUCCUCUUGGACCUGUUUCAGCACCAGACGCAGCAGCCGGGACUGCUGACGCUGCUGCGCCGCUUGGGGAAGAUGAUGACGCUCAUGGCGGUCUUCACCCUCGUCGACCUCGUGUUCAAGAUCUUGGACAUCUCGACGAACGAGCCGCCCAGGUCGUGGCACGUGCAGUGGAUUCUUGCCGAAGGCGUGCAGGACGCGCUGUUCGUGGUCGUCAUCGCCCUGACGAUGUUCAUCUUGGCCCCAUAUAGGAACAUGAAGGAGUACCUCUACACGGGCAACCUCUCGACAAACGAGACGGAAGCGGACGUCAUCGGCGCGGAGGCGCCCGCGGUCUGGGCGGACGAGGACGGCGACGGCAUCCUCGACGACGAUGACGCCAAGGACGACGGUGAGGGCUUUUGGACAAUGACCCGCCCAGACAGCCAAGGCAGGGGCGGCAGGGACGAGCCCCAGAGCGGCAGCCCCAAACCGCAGCCCAAGAUGACAGGCAACGCCGACCGCGACCUGCUGGGGUGA